AUGGCGGCCGCAAUCAAGGCGCUCAAUGCGAAAAUUCGCUCAAACAAGUACCUUGAUUACUUUUGCUCGACCCACUUCUGGGGUCCCGCGAGUAACUUCGGUAUUCCUCUCGCCGCCAUCGCGGACAUGAGCAAAGAUCCGGAGAUCAUCUCCGGCCCUAUGACCCUCGCCCUCUCCUGCUACUCCGGUACCUUCAUGCGCUACGCCCUGGCCGUCUCCCCCGCAAACUACCUCCUCUUCGGCUGCCACGCCAUCAACUUCUCCUCGCAACUCGUGCAGGGAUACCGAUACGUGAACUACUGGAACAUGGGCGGCAAGGAUCUGGCGGAUAAGGCGAAGGAGGCGGCCAAGCAGGCGGAGGGGAAGGUUGAGAGCGCUAUUAAGAGUGUGGGCAAAUAG